AUGAAGGUGCUCCACAGAAUUCCUUGCGUGGGAGCGUUGCUCGCUGUUGCGUUCAUCUCGACGGCGGCAUCGCUUGAAGACAGUCCGGAGCUCCAGUAUGAAGAGAUUCCAGACUACCGCCAAGUGUACGUCCCCGACUUCGACACGCAGGAUGUUCCUGCAGCCACGAGCAACGGCACGGAGGAACUCUUCGGUCUUGGCUGCCUGUUUGGGAAGAAAAUGUGGUGCAAGGGAGAACGCGUGUGUCUGGAUCCGAUCGGCCUGCUCGAGUGCGCCGUGGACGUCAUCAGCCCCAUCAAGCUGGACGACAUCGUGAGCAACAUGGAGAAGGCUGUGAAGGACUUCGCCAACGAUCCCAUCAGCACGAUAAUCGACUUUGCCGAGGAGAGCAUCAACGACGCCAUCCACGACGUCAUGAACUGCUACACGGGUCUGGCCAAGAAGCAGCCCACGUGCAAGCAGAUGAGCACCUUCCAGUCGUGCAUUAACGCGGGGCUUGACGUACUCUCGGUGGUCACUCCUGCUGCUAAGGGCGUCACUCUCGCCAGAGUGAACAAAUUCAAGAAAGGGGUCACUCGAAUCCAGAAGGUGGCGGACAGCACCAUCACGCAGUGUGCGCUGGGCUGUCCGGGGAAAGUCUGCUCGCCUCCUGAAGGCACGCGGACCUACACCCCUCCUGCGGGCUGUGUGUGUCGCCAGCUCGAGUUUGAACUUGACGGUCACAGCGGAACGACCCCCGCAGUUUGCUCGGAGAGCAUUCUCACAACGGAUGCAGCGGUCAAAGUUCAGUUCAAGUACGUCGGCUGCUACGUGGGUAUCGACGGAAAUUCCGGCGGGUACGCGGGCUGUGGAGCGGCGGUGGCUUCGAGCGUGUUUUCGAACGGCGGCAUGUUUGUGCGCUGCAACGACCAGUACGGAGAAGUAGGAAAGCUUGGAUAG